UCCGUGUAUGGGGAUUUGAACUUGCCGUGAUGUCCACGCAGGCGUAACCGCGUAAAGGAUUUUCAGAAUUGCCGCCGGAGACUUGGACUGAAGGAAUAGACCAACCGCGGUCCUGCUACAACAGGUACCGACUGCUUUAAUUCGUUGAUCAUCGACAGUCCGAAUCACUCGGCAGCGGCUUGGUUCAGUUGAGAGACCUGCAAUCAUCCAAACACCAAGAACGAAUUCACUCUCCGAAUCCAACAAAGUCAACAAGUCGUAAUCUCUGAACUUCCUUUAGCCGACUACCCUCCAUCUUCUUCACUACCUGCAGAAUUUUCUGCCUCUUCGGCCACUUCUGACCGGCAUAAUCCCCUGUUCUGCCAUUGAUGCAAUUCGAUCAGCUGCGGGCACCCGUCUCGUCACGAUGGCCGAGAUGGUCGGAUCGCUGGUCGUCGGCGAGGUGGUCAGCAGGACCUCCUCGUUCCUCAUCAGCAAGCACAAGGAGAGGUCGGCGUCGGCCAGCAGCGCAAGCGAGAGCCUGGAGCGGCUGGAGAUGGCGCACAUCAAGAUGGAGGCGGCGCUGGAGGUGUCCGCCCGGUGGCAGGUCACGGACGUGGCGAUGCUGCGGUGGCGGCGGAGGCUGCGGCGCGCCGCCGACGAGUGCGACUCCGCGGCGCACCGCUGGAGGCUGCGGGCCCUGGAGGAGGAGGAGGCCCGGGAGGCGCUCGCGCGCGCGUGGCUCCCGAGCCGGGUCGCGCGCGUCGUGGCCUCCUUCGUGUCGUCGCUCCUCAGCCGCCGCGGCGAGGAGCCCCACGCGAAGGCCGUCCAGAGGUUCGAGAAGCUGGCUGACGGCGCCGGGGAUUUCUUGAGGUGCCUGCAGUCCGGCGGCCCGCCUCGGAGGUGCGCGCUGCUCGAUGACGCCAUUGUCGGGAAGCCUGCUGUGAGUGCGAGUGCGAGGCAUGGUCUGGUUCAGGGAGGCCGGCGGCGAUGCCUGCGCUCGGGAUCCAGGAAGAGCGGGGUGGAGAUUAGACAGCUUGUUCAGUGAUUAUGUUCAGAGGCUGCAGGAAAUGAAUUCUCAUUGUAAUCGUGCCAAUCCAAAGGAGGUGUCAGUUCAGCUAGCUGUUGGAAACAAACUUUAGGGAUAAACGU